AUGCAAGGCUCCAGAGAACUGAAGAAGCAAAAGCUUCAGCUCAAAGGAUGCAGUGCCUUGUGUUGCAGUUGUAGGCUCAGUGUCUCUUCCUCCGAGGAAGCUGAGGGCUCGGGUUCUGAUCGGUUUCCGACAAUCUCAAGCAUUGCACACGCCAUGGUUCAAGAGAGGUUAGACCAAAUGAUCAGAGAGAGGCAAGAGGCGAGACACGAAGGGAGGAGGAGGGCGAGAGGUGAAUGUACUAAAUUCAUUGUUAUGGUUGCCAUGGAGAAGUCAUCUGAUGAUCCUGUGGAAGAUUUUAGAGAGUCUAUGGUGGAGAUGAUAAUGGCAAAUCGGAUCUCCGAGCCAAAAGAUCUUCGUUGUCUUCUAAAUUGUUAUGUUUCGAUGAAUUCUGAGGAAUAUCGAGGUGUAAUUCUUGAGGUUUGCACCAAUAGAACCUUGGAGCUUCAGAGCGAAGAGUUUGAGACUGGGUUGACAACGAUUUUGUGUCGUGUCGGGUUUGUAUAUAGAAUAUAG